ACUGUGAGGGUCUUAUGGUAAAGACUUUGGAGGAAGAAGCAACUUAUGAAAUUGCAAAACGAUCAAGAAACUGGCUCAAAUUGAAAAAAGACUAUUUGUCAAAUGUUGGAGAUUCACUGGAUCUUGUCGUUAUCGGCGGCUACAAGGGCAAAGGUCGACGUACCGGCACCUACGGUGGCUUUUUGCUAGCUUGUUAUGACACAGAAAUGAAGAAUACCAAAGCAUUUGCAAGAUUGGAACAGGUUUCACCGAUGAUGAUUUACGACUGCAUUCGGAAUUUUUCAAUAAGCAUGUGACUGGCAGUGCCAAAUCAUAUUUCAGAUACGACCCCAGCUUGGAGCCGGACGUUUGGUUUGAACCCGUUCAAGUGUGGGAGGUUAAAUGUGCAGAUCUAU